AUGGAUGAAGAAAAUAAAUUACCCUUAAAACGUGUCGAACUGUCGCUGUCGAAGUUCAAUGAAGUGGCUAUACCACACCAUUUGGAUCUACUUCGUCAACACAAAACGAAUAUAAUAAAGUAUGAGGAAACAGGACAAUAUGCUCGUAUGCGCACAGAGCAAGCACACGCGCGGCGCGUAGCGUCGCAGUUGCGUGCCUUGCUGGGCGAGCUUGAGGCGCUGAGGCGGCAGGUGCGCUCCCAAGAUGUGACUAGCUUUGAUCGACUCACGCAGCGGUCUCGGGACCUCACUCUACGAGCUAUCAUGGAUUACCUAGGUGUGAUAGAGCGCAGUUGUAUAGCGUUGGUAAGGGAGUCGCAGGCGAGGGCACAGCGCGGGGAUACGUCGCCUGUGAGUAUGAACCGCGCGGCGGCGCGCGACGAGGCGGUGGCGGGCAGCACGCGCUCUACGGAGUCGGUGGGCGUGCUCGCGCUCGGCGACGACCAGAUACAGCUGCAGGUCGACGAGCAGGAGCUGGCGCUGCGCGAGCGCGAGGCGGCGCUGCGCGGCUGGCGCGAGCUGCAGGCGGAGCUGCGCGCGCUGCACGACGCCUGGCAGCACGUGCAGGCCGCCGCGCUCGCGCACGCGCAGCACGUGAAUGCCGUGUCGUCCAGCACGGAGGCGGCGGCCGGCGACGUGCGCGGCGCGCGCCGCCACCUGCUCGCGGCCGAGCGGCUGCGCGUAGGGCUGUACGGCGCGGGCGGCGCGGCGGCGGGCGCGCUGGCGGGCGGCCCGCUCGGCCUCGUGCUGGGCGCCAAGGCGGGCGCCGCCGCCGCGCUGGCCGGCUCCGCGCUCGGCUACCUCGCCGCGCGCCUGCUGGGCCGCCACCGCGCCGCCGUGCUCGACGCGCAGGACGCGACCGACACGACCGGCGCGACCGAUGCGACCGACGCGGACGGCGGGAAGAAGGAGCGC